AUGAAAUAUUUGACUGAGACCCACCGAAUUGAGAUUUUAAUGAUGAUCGAUUACGGGGAGAAUUGUAGAAGUCAAGUUGAAGUAGCAAACUUAUUUAAUCAGCGGAAUCCUCAGUUGCCUAAUAUUUCGCAAGGUUCUGUGUCUAAAAUAUAUACACAAUUCAGAGAACUUGGGCAUGUCAAACCAUUAAAAAGAAAACCGAACUUCAUUGAAGAUGAGGCGCAAACGGAAGACGAUCCAGAUCGUAGAAUGGAAUUCUGCGAAAGAUUGAUUGAGAAGAUUUACUCAAAUGAAAUAGCUCUUGGCACAAUUCUUUUUUCUGAUGAGUCAACAUUUACAUUGAACGGAGAGGUUAACCGCCAAAAUUGUAGAUAUUGGUCAGCGGAGAAUCCUCAUUUGAUGCGUGAGACACACACUCAGUAUCCUCAAAAGUUGAAUGUUUGGUCAGGUAUUAUAGGAGAUCAUAGUAUUGGUCCCAUAUUUGUAGAUGUAAAUGUUUUGCUAGUAUGUUUUGGCAGUAUGCUGGUUUGGACUUCCCCAGUACUACCAAAACUACAAUCCAAUGACACUCUAGUCAAUCCAAUAGGACGACCGCUCACUGUAUGGGAACUUUCAAUUCUCACCGCAACUUAUCCAUUGGGCUUAGUCACAGGCACAAUACUAAUUGGAAAAGUACCAGACCUUAUUGGAAGAAAACGGACUCUAAUAUGUAUUUCAACUGGUGUUCUCAUCUCCACUAUCGGUCUAUACCUUGCGAAAAACAUUACCACUUUACUUAUAUUUAAAUACAUUAUAUCAGUAAGUUUAGGUGGUGGACCAGUUUUAAUACCCACUUAUACAUCGGAGAUUGCUGAAGACCAUAAUCGAGGUCGUUUGGGAUUUUUUAUGACCUUUGGAAUAAUAUUUGGCGAGUUAUACGGAAACAUUAUUGGCGCUGUGACUUCUGUUAGUAUUUUUUCUUUACUAUGCGGAAUACCUGCACUAGUGUGUCUUAUGUGUUGUACGUACUUGCCUGAAUCCCCAGAAUAUUUGUUAAUGAAGGGAAGAAAAGAUGAGGCUAUUUUAGCACUUAAGAAAUUAAGAAAACACAAACUUAUUACAGAUAUCGAGAAUGAGUGUUUGGAUACACAAAAUAUGGUCAAAAGUGAUUGUUUGCCAAAGACAAGUUUUUUUAAGCGCAUAAAGGAAGAUAUGGGUGUUAGAAAGGGAUUUUAUAUUGCAGCUACAGUUUUAAUCAUACAGAAUUCUGCAGGGCCGAAUAUAGUAGCAGCUUUCCUUAAUCCAAUUUUAAGUGAAGCUGUACCAGAGCUUUUAGGUGUACCUAGGACCCGUUUUAUCAAGUUAAAGAGAGAAUUAACGCCAGUCUGCCUUUUAGAAGUUCCGUCAUGGUCUCAGGAUGGAUGGAAUUAACGGAAUCGGGAUAGC